AUGCGGGAUGAUUCAAGCACAAGGGCUAGCUAUGGAGCAUUAGAUGGGGAGGGGCCUCCACCUGGGAUGUCUACAAUCCGGGAUGACUCAAGCACGAUGGCGAGCUAUGGAGGAUUUGAUCAGGAGGGGGCUGGCCCUGGGAUGUCUCACGCACCACAUACCGAACCUGAAAUUAGCUUGGAUUGGAACCAACUGAGGGCUCAUAGUGAUAGGUAUAGGUCACAAGGGGGGGAAGCAGAAGUUCGCCUGAAUUGGAACCAAAUGCGGGCUGAAGAUUUAGGAUUUGGACACAUUGACGCAAAUCAACAGUCAGCUGAGGAGUUUCAGAUUGACUGGGAUAAAUGGAUAUUACAUGGGAUCAAGGAUAUCAUUCUUGAAGAAGAGAGAAUGCCUGGGGAUGAAGAAGAAGAAGAAGUUGAAGAUGAAGAUGAUUCAAUCCCUACAGCAUGGUUUCCUUUCAAAAAUCGUGAUUACCUUAUUGGAUCUCUUAUUGUUGGAUACUUGCACAACACCCUCUCACGCGCUUUGUACCACCAGUUGAGAAUGAUUCUGACGCUGUGUCGGAUGAAGUUACCACAUUGGAACGCCCUCAGAAGAUGUCGAGAAAACAUACGAAAGAUUUUUCAUGUUUCAGUAAAUGAAACGGAGAGUGUGUUUUUGAAUAAAUGCUAUGCUCUAAGUAUCAAGCAGAUGCUGGCAAAUGAAUUGUCCAAUCCAUACGUCAGACCUCACCUGAGAGUGUACCCUGAAGACAAUCAUGGAUUAUACCAACAUGCAUUAUACCAAAGUAAGAAAUGGCGUGAAGAGCUCCCUUAUGAUUGCAGAGUUCAGAUGGUGGCUCACGAGGUCCACCGCAAGCAUUAUUACAUUUAUGAACCCACUCUAUUGAGGACAGGUAACCUAGUGGUGCCAAUCUUCUUUUUUGAGGCCAAUGGUAAGAUGUAUGCAAAGGUCGUGGUCAAUCCAGAAUUUUGUACCAGAGCGGAGGAUGGCAAGAAAUUCAUCAAGCUGCCUGAAAAUCUUAGCUAUGAUUCACAGUGGUUGUCAACAAUUCCAGUGUUUGACUUUGAGAUGACCUGUGAGGAGAUCAAGAUGGUAGAUGGCCAGUAUCUGACUGAUAUAAUGGAUGCUUUACUUAUUGAGGCAAAUAACGUAGAAGUGGCAUUUCCCAAUCCUUGGAGGGCCAAAGCAGCCGGCAGGAUGAUUCGUCAUGUGCCAAUCACCCUAUACUCCGAUGACACAUCAGGGAAUGUUUCCAAGCAAUGGAACAAACAUGUGUCAUACUAUUUCACUCUUUCUGGUCUACCACCAAACCACACCAAUCAAGAGUAUAACUGUCAUUUUAUCAGUACUUCUAACGUUGCUGGACCAUUGGAACUAGCAGAACAAAUUGUUGAUGAGAUGAAUGAUUUGGCAACAAAUGGGCAUCCUGCAUUUGAUUCCAGCAUUCAUGAAGAAGUGCUUGUCAUGAGUGUCGUCCUCUGCUUUCUUGCGGAUUCUCCAAUGCAUGCGGAGAUAACCAGUACACCCAAUCCAGGUUCAGCAAAUAAUCCUUGCAGGAUGUGCAAACUUACAGUCGGAACGCGAGAGGAACGUCAAACACUCUCAUAUGUUUGCCAAUGCAUGGGGAUCAGUCCACAUACCACAGAUGGAUUACCACCACGCAGAAACUGGAGUCAAACCAUUUCAGAUUCCAAGAUAAUAUGGAAUCAGGGAGUCUCCUCAACAUGGGAUCAGUAUGAGGAAUGGGAAAGAGUUUUUGGGUUGAAGGAUAACAUCAAUCAUGAAUUGAUGAAACUUUACAAAAGCAGAAAAUAUCCUGAAGAAUCCAACCGGGUUAAAAAAAUGGUUGUCGAAACACCACUAAGAAUUCACAACCCUAUCUACCGAUUGAAAGGAUUUGAUGGUUGCAAUGACACACCUGUGGAAAUAUUGCAUGUUUUCCUCCUGGGGAUCCACAAGUACUUAUUAAGAGAUUUCAUGGAAGGCCUCACCGAAACUCAGCGGCCCAAACUUCAACCUUACUGGGCAUCUUUCAACACCCAAUCACUAAACAUUGAUUCCAUCCAACCCAAAUACAUGGUUGAACAUUACAAAAGUUUGGUUGGGAGGGAUCAUAGAAAAGUGCUCCAAGCUGCCCCCUUUGUCCUAUUUCCUUUCAUGUCUGAAGAUAAAAGGAAUGUGUGGACAGCCCUCUGCAACUUGGGCAGCUUCAUAUUUCAAACUAAAAUUGAUGAUAUGACACAAUACAUACAUGACCUCAAAUUGCUGAUCAACAUAUUCCUUUUCCAUUUAGUUAAGACCUCUGCCCAAUGGGUUAACAAGCCCAAAUUUCACAUGCUGAGAUCCAUGGGAUACAACUCCGAACGUGUCACUCCCCCAAACUUAUAUCCACAUGUUGACAAAACAGAUCAGGAUCCUGCCAGCAUUCCAUAUGUGGGAUGUAUCCAAUCAAUUUGGCAAGAAUACCCCCAACAUCCAAACCACUUUCUCAUCCUAGUCAUCAAGUACAGCCGUGGAGUGGUGCAUCCCUUCUACAAGAUGAGGGUGCUUCAUAAACAACGUGAAAUGGAUAUCAUUCAACCCAGGCACAUCAAGGCAUGCUUGAAUGUUCAACAUAACUGCCAUGAUGGGCAGUGUUCAGUCAAACAUGGCCAUCAAAAUCGCAAAAAGAAACAAGAAGGGACUACAUUCAGUUCAUACAUUGAGCAUUCAGACCUGAACAGCUACAUCUUAAAUGCAGCAUCUCUACAUGCACCCACAUAUCAUCGGUAUGUCAGUGCAAUUCCAAUACAACCACCUACCUCACCGGAAUGGGAUGCAGCUCUUCAACAAGGAAUGUCCAAGUGGGGUACACUGGAUGAUCAGGAUGACUAG